AUGUUGCCAAUCUUUGAUCCAAAUGAUAAUGAAGCUGGCUUGAAGCUCUUGGAGGACCUGACCAACAAUGCAUGCCAAAUACAACAACAGGUAUUGGAGGAUAUACUGACCAAAAAUUUAGAGACAGAGUAUCUUAAAAGCUUUCUCAAUGGUGAUUCUCGUAAGGAAAACUUCAAGAAUAAAGUUCCCAUUGUGAAUUAUGAAGAUAUCAAGCCUUGCAUCGACCGAAUUGCCAAUGGGGAGCCUUCAUCUAUCAUUUCAGCUCAACCAAUAACUGAGCUCCUCACAAG